UCUCACUUCGCCUCUUCCUCUCUGACUAGACUGACUGCCGUACUAUACAGGUAGCGAUGUGAAUUGUACCAAUGCAGCAGAGGCUUCGACAACUGUAGACUACAAAAUAAGAUGUGAUAUUCGUUGAGAUAAGAAAUAGUCAUGCAAUUCAAGAACACACCUCUUAUGUCAGCACUUUAACCACGAGUCCAGUGGAUUCGUGCUUUAUCUAGGUGAGUACUAUACAUUUUACAUUGUAACUCAUUUUACCUUUUUUCUCAAAUACAACAUUAUGUAAGUUAAAACAUAUUGCGUGUAUUACAUACUUCAUGUAAAUUCAAUUUUUAUUGACUUACCUUUAUAGACUAAAGUAAUGUGACAUGACGAUUUGGGUUAUGUUGGCUACAGUAGAUAGUCAGGAAGUAAUGUGACAUUACGAUUUGGGUUAUGUUGGCUACAGUAGAUAGUCAGGAACAGUCUUUGGCCUCGUAAACAAUAGCAAUGUGAACUUGGCCUGAAAUAGCCCUAUAAAUAACUAGUAUGCCAAAUUCAUGGUGUUAAUAAUAAAAAUGUACACUUGGAUAUUGUCGUUUUAUUUAUGUUAUGAUUACAUAAAUAAAUAAAAACAAUAUCUAAAUGUAAAUGUUAUUAUUAAUAUCAAAUGUUUUCUCACAACCAUAUUUUCUAUUGAACACCAAAAGCAAAUUCAGUAACUUUCCAUGAGGCCAUACCCCAGCUCUCCCCAACCCACCUAAGCAUUGCCCUGAGCAACUACCAUCACAUAACCUUGUAAAUUAUCUGGGUUACUCAUACCUGUAUUGACCUGUAUUACCUGUAUUUAUUUGUAUUUUGAAUGACCCACAGAGUCAUAGCCACUGUUUGUGGUGACGGGUCAUGAGUGCAGCAAUAACAUUCUUAGGCACAUCUCUUUUCUAUCAACUGUUUUGGGUCGUUAGUCUUUGGUCUUUCAGUUGUUUAUAUCAGGGCAGAGACUCAGAAAGAUGGACUUACCAACAGGGUAACACAGGGUACAAGUACUAAACACUAAAUAUGUUUCAGUAAGUUAAUUAAGCUGUUAUUAAUCAUAACUGUCAUAAAUGUGUUCAGAAAUUAGGCCAAAUGAUCCCAAAUUGUACAAGAAUAGCCUCCCUCCUCAUUACAAAUGCUCAUUUUAGCCCUCCUUGAUUGUCCUCAGUGGUCCCUUUAAACUCCACUUUCAUUUGACUUUGCACUCUCUUGCACUAGUAGUGACAUUCCUUAGAUCACAUAAAGGGGAAAUAUAGCCCUGAAGAAUAUGGUUGCAAAGUUUGUUUCCAACUUAUCAUUUCACAUACUACCACACAUUGUACUCACGUGCAUUGCUAAUAUUUCAUGCAGAGAAACAUAGUAUGUGUGUAAGCAUCGUGAGAGGGUUUACUGAAUAAAUGUGUAGGAUUUAAAAAGCUAUACUAGCUAUACUACUUUCAACACCCCUUUCUGGGUCAGUGCAGUGCGUCCGACAGUACCCUUUACCUUCCUUCCGAAAACAAUCACUUAGUCAAGGGCCCUAGUGACAGGAUCCUACCUCUCACAGUGCUUUAAACUGCCAACCGUCUUUAAAAGGAGAUAUUUAUGAUUUAUUUAUAUUUAUGGUUUUGAUAAGUUCGCCGUAUUGUACAUUGCUCUCCGUUACUCUGUUUUUUGUAUGGUCAUUAGCAGAGUAAACAUGAUCCCAAUUUUAGCUUCAAGAUGCCAGCAAUAUGAAGUAGAGUAGAUUGUAGAUUGUGCUGAUUUAUUGAACCAUAUCGCGCGGCGUAGUUUAAAAUCUCAGUGGAAAGUGCUAAAACAAUGACGCCAUAUCUGAAUUCAGCGAUCUUUAUGCACAUUUGCCAUUGUUUACCCUUUAUAUGUUUUUUGUCAAGUAAAAACAAUACUUUUGUAGCACUUCAUUAACUUAAUUAAGCCAUGGGAUGUCACAUCCCUUUCCAGGGCCCAUCACCACUGUCUGUGAGGUUAGGGGCAAGAUGUGGGGAGAAGUUGGAGGGGCACUGGUGUUGUUGCUGCUGCUUUCUGAAGUCUUGGACUGCAUUGGUAAGUUAUAAUAAAGGCAUAGAUGUAACUGUUGCUGUAUCGCAAACAUACAACAUUUAAGUCUUGGGAAUUCCAAUUUUUUAUUGGGAUUACAUUGUAUUAAUUGAAAUUGGCAUUGUACACUGAGUUUACAAAACAUUAGAAACACCUUCCUACUAUUGAGUUGCACCCCCUUUUGAACUCAGACCAACCUCAAUUAGUUGGGACAUGGACUCUACAAAGUGUCAAAAGCAUUUCACAGGGAUGCUGGCCCAUGUUGACUCCAAUGCUUCCCCACAGUUGUGUCAAGUUGGCUGGUAGUGGAUCUCUACUCCGAAUAGCUUGUUUAAUCUCAUCCCACAGAUGCUCAAUUGGAUUGAGAUCUGGUGACUGGGCAGGCCACUGCAGUAAACUGAAUUCACUGUCAUGUUUGUGGAACCAUUACUGGACAAUCCUAGCCUUGUGGUAUGGGGCAAAAAUUAAUUGCAGAUGGAUACACUGCUACCAUGAGGAUGCAUGUACUCAUGUGUUUUUCUCCAUACCCUAGUCCUCCCAUCAGAGUGAAACAGCAGAAACCGGGAUUCAUCAGACCAGGCAAUGUUUUUCCAAUUCUUCAGUGUCCAUGUCUCAAUUGUCCAUUUUUUUCUUCUUAAAAACCAUUCUUUAACCUGUCUCCUCCCCUUCAUCAACACUGAUUGAAGUGGAUUUUUGACAUCAAUAAGGGAUCAUAGCUUUCACCUGGAUUCACCUGGUUGAAAAUAAAAUAAAAUAAAAACAAUGUAUGCACUCACUAACUGUAAGUCGCUCUGGAUAAGAGCGUCUGCUAAAUGACUAAAAUGUAAAUGUAAAUGUCAGUCUAUGUCAUGGAAAGAGCAGCUGUUCCUAAUGUUUUAUACACUCAGUGUAUAUGGUGUUUAUAUGUUUUCAUAUUUUUUUAUAAAGGGUUGGUCACCAUUGAAACCAGGGUCUCAUUUACAAGGGAGCCCUGUGAACAUGAAGAUAUACAAUAAAAUGUAAUACAACAUAAUGUAAAAUAACAAUAUCAAUACAAUACAAUAAAAUACAACAAGAUUAAUCAAAACAAACACAACUCUCACAUACAGUGGGGGAAAAAAGUAUUUAGUCAGCCACCAAUUGUGCAAGUUCUCCCACUUAAAAAGAUGAGAGAGGCCUGUAAUUUUCAUCAUAGGUACACGUCAACUAUGACAGACAAAAUGAGAAAAAAAAAUCCAGAAAAUCACAAUGUAGGAUUUUUAAUGAAUUUAUUUGCAAAUUAUGGUGGAAAAUAAGUAUUUGGUCAAUAACAAAAGUUUCUCAAUACUUUGUUAUAUACCCUUUGUUGGCAAUGACACAGGUCAAACGUUUUCUGUAAGUCUUCACAAGGUUUUCACACACUGUUACUGGUAUUUUGGCCCAUUCCUCCAUGCAGAUCUCCUCUAGAGCAGUGAUGUUUUGGGGCUGUCGCUGGGCAACACAGACUUUCAACUCCCUCCAAAGAUGUUCUAUGGGGUUGAGAUCUGGAGACUGGCUAGGCCACUCCAGGACCUUGAAAUGCUUCUUACGAAGCCACUCCUUCGUUGCCCGGGCGGUGUGUUUGGGAUCAUUGUCAUGCUGAAAGACCCAGCCACGUUUCAUCUUCAAUGCCCUUGCUGAUGGAAGGAGGUUUUCACUCAAAAUCUCACGAUACAUGGCCCCAUUCAUUCUUUCCUUUACACGGAUCAGUCGUCCUGGUCCCUUUGCAGAAAAACAGCCCCAAAGCAUGAUGUUUCCACCCCCAUGCUUCACAGUAGGUAUGGUGUUCUUUGGAUGCAACUCAGCAUUCUUUGUCCUCCAAACACGACGAGUUGAGUUUUUACCAAAAAGUUAUAUUUUGGUUUCAUCUGACCAUAUGACAUUCUCCCAAUCCUCUUCUGGAUCAUCCAAAUGCACUCUAGCAAACUUCAGAUGGGCCUGGACAUGUACUGGCUUAAGCAGGGGGACACGUCUGGCACUGCAGGAUUUGAGUCCCUGGCGGCGUAGUGUGUUACUGAUGGUAGGCUUUGUUACUUUGGUCCCAGCUCUCUGCAGGUCAUUCACUAGGUCCCCCCGUGUGGUUCUGGGAUUUUUGCUCACCGUUCUUGUGAUCAUUUUGACCCCACGGGGUGAGAUCUUGCGUGGAGCCCCAGAUCGAGGGAGAUUAUCAGUGGUCUUGUAUGUCUUCCAUUUCCUAAUAAUUGCUCCCACAGUUGAUUUCUUCAAACCAAGCUGCUUACCUAUUGCCGAUUCAGUCUUCCCAGCCUGGUGCAGGUCUACAAUUUUGUUUCUGGUGUCCUUUGACAGCUCUUUGGUCUUGGCCAUAGUGGAGUUUAGAGUGUGACUGUUUGAGGUAGUGGACAGAUGUCUUUUAUACUGAUAACAAGUUCAAACAGGUGCCAUUAAUACAGGUAACGAGUGGAGGACAGAGGAGCCUCUUAAAGAAGAAGUUACAGGUCUGUGAGAGCCAGAAAUCUUGCUUGUUUGUAGGUGACCAAAUACUUAUUUUCCACCAUAAUUUGCAAAUAAAUUCAUAAAAAAUCCUACAAUGUGAUUUUCUGGAUUUUUUUCCCUCAAUUUGUCUGUCAUAGUUGACGUGUACCUAUGAUGAAAAUUACAGUCCUCUCUCAUCUUUUUAAGUGGGAGAACUUGCACAAUUGGUGGCUGACUAAAUACUUUUUUCCCCACUGUAUCACCUUCCUUAAACGAUCCAAUGGAGACCAGUGAGUCUAACUUCAAGGUGGCCUGAAGGCUAUUCCAUGAGCUGGGGGCAUUAAAACUAAAAGCAUUUUCCCCCAGCUCAGUGGAGACCUGCGGGAACUCCAGAACCAGCCAGUCCAGAGAGCGGGUCUGAAAAUUGCUGGAUCUCUGAGGUAGUGGGGGAGUCAAUGAAGAACAGCGUUAAGUACAAAAAGUAGCCCAUGCUGGGCCCUUCUGGUAGUCAGAGACUCCCAGCCAACAGAACUAUACAAAAUGCAGUGAUGUGUACGAAAAUUGUCCGCAGUGAUAAAAAUCAGUGCUGAGUGAUAGACUGAAUCUAAAGGUUUUUAAACAGAGGCUGCCGUGUGCAUGUACUGUAGAUUAUAUCACCGUAAUGAAGUACUGCAAGAAGAGUUGCUUGAACAAUCUUUCUCCUACUUUCAAAAGUGAGGCAGGAUUUAUUUCUUAUAAAAGAAACCAAUCUUAAUUCUCAGCUUUUUUGUCAGUUUUUCAAUGUGUGUUUUUUUAAAGACAGCUUAUCUUCAAUUCAAAUACCCAAGUACUUAUAAUGGGGAACUUGCUAGAUUUGGGCUCCCUUCAAUGUGCAAAUACGCAGGUCCUCAGGGUCAAUAUUACGAGACUUAAAGAACAACAUAAACUUUGUUUUAUUAGCAUUUAGCACUAGUUUAAGAUCAGUAAGUGAUUUUUGAAUUGAGUCAAAACCAUGCCGUCAUGAAUGGCCUGCUGUACUGAGGGGUCAUAGGAGUAAAUAACUGUAUAAUCCGCGUAAAGAUGAAUGUUACAGGUUUUAACAGAUAGACCAAUAUUAUUUAUAUAAAUAGUGAAGAGAACAGGGCCUAAAAUCGACCCCUGCGGCACACCUUUCAUAAUAUUGAGGAAACUAGAUUUGAUACCGUCAGUAAGCAAACAUUGUGUCCUGUCCAUUAUAUAGUUCUUGAAUCAAUUGCAAGAUGCCUGAUCUAGGCCUAUUUCAGACAAACUUUGAAUAAGUAAUAAAUGGUCAACCAUAUCGAACGCCUUUGACAGGUCAAAAAAUAUGUUUAUGGUCUAAACAAUAUAGCACAGCAUCUAAGACAAGUGUAGCCGCUGAAACUGUGAUAUGUCCAGGUCUAAAACCAGAUUGGUGCUCCUUAAGAAUAGAAUAAGAAGUUAAAACAGUUCUAAGCUGAGAGUUGCCUAGGGAUCUUUGGCAAGGCAAGAUAGCUUGUAAAUUGGACAGUAGUUAUCCAAGUCAGAAGGAUCUCCGCCUUUGUGUAGAGGGAGGACUUGUGCCGUUUUCCAGAUCUUAGGGAUAACCCCAGUAACAAUUGUCAAGUUAAAUAAGUGGGGCAGACCGCUGCAGCAGAAAGGGAUCAAGUGAGUCAGCCCCAGUGGAUUGUUUUACAUCGAUCUUCAAUAAGACACUUAGUACAUCAUAGACAUCAAAUGGUUGAAAUGAAAAUGAGGAAAGUGUAUCUGGGAAUGUAUCGUUCUCUGCACCCUGUCUCGCGAUGAGUAAAGGACUCCCAGUACUGGAAUCAGAGUUUUCAGAAGCUAUUCUAUCAUGUAUGUAGCCCGCUGAGGCAAAGUGGUUAUUAAAAGCACCACAAAUGUCCAUCUUAUCUGUUAUGGGACCAGAGGCUGUCAUAACCUGCUGGGGUAUUGAGGGGGUGAAGUUUUGUUUCAGAGAUUUAACUACCUUCCAGAAGGCAGCUGGAUUCCCACCAUUCUCACAUACACAGUUCAAGAAGUAUGUCGAUUUUGCUUUUCUAACCAGUGAUAGACAUCCAUUUCUCAAGAGUCUGAAGGACUGCCAGUCAAACGUAGAAUCAGUCAUCCUAACCUUAGCCUGAGCUAAAUUUCUCUCCUGACGUUUAUCUGAUAGUUACUUCGUGAACUUAGCUCUAUCCUUUACCCUUCAUUUCUUGAACAGUGCAUGCUUAUCUGCAAUCAUUUAGGGCCUGAUCGGAGUCAGAGAUAGCUGACACAACCCUCCAUUCACACAAUCCCAGUUCAGACAAGUAUUGUUGCUUAUAAAAAUUCCUAAAAUGGCUCUUUGUAAAACUGGUCAGACGAGAUUUAGGUACAGUUGAAGUCGGAAGUUUACAUACACUUAGGUUGGAGUCAUUAAAACUUGUUUUUCAACCACUCCACAAAUGUCUUUUUAACAAACUAUAGUUUUGGAAAGUUGGUUAUGACAUCUACUUUGUGCAUGACACAAGUAAUUUUUCCAACAAUUGCUUACAGACAGAUUAUUUCACUUAUAAUUCACUGUAUCACAAUUCCAGUGGGUCAGAUGUUUACAUACACUAAGUUGACUGUCCCUUUAAACAGCUUGGAAAAUUCCAGUAAAUGAUGUCAUGGCUUUAGAAGCUUUUGAUAGGCUAAUUGACAUCAUUUGAGUCAAUUGGAGGUGUACCUGUGGAUGUAUUUCAAGGCCUACCUUCAAACUCAGUGCCUCUUUGCUUGACAUCAUGGGAAAAUCAAAAGAAAUCAACCAAGACCUCAGAAAAAAAAAUGUAGACCUCCACAAGUCUUGUUCAUCCUUGGGAGCAAUUUCCAAAUGCCUGAAGGUACCACGUUCACUGUACAAACAAUAGUAUGCAAGUAUAAACACCAUGGGACCACGCAGCCGUCAUACCGCUCAGGAAGGAGACUCGUUCUGUCUCCUACUGAUGAAUGUACUUUGGUGCGAAAAGUGCAAAUCAAUCCCAGAACAACAGCAAAGGACCUUGUGAAGAUGCUGGAGGAAACAGGUACAAAAGUAUCUAUAUCCGCAGUAAAACGAGUCCUAUAUCAACAUAAUCUGAAAGUGCGCUCAGCAAGGAAGAAGCCACGGCUCCAAAACCGCCAUAAAAAAGCCAGACAAUGGUUUGCAACUGCACAUGGGGACAAAGAUCGUACUUUUUGGAGAAAUGUCCGCUGGUCUGAUGAAACAAAAAUAGAACUGUUUGCCCAUAAUGACCAUCGUUAUGUUUGGAGGAAAAUGGGGGGGCUUGCAAGCCGAAGAACACCAUCCCAACCGUGAAGCACGGGGGUGGCAGCAUCAUGCUGUGGGGGUGCUUUGCUGCAGGAGGGACUUCACUUCACAAAAUAGAUGGCAUCAUGAGGAAGGAAAAUUAUGUGGAUAUAUUGAAGCAACAUCUCAAGACAUCAGUCAGGAAGUUAAAGCUUGGUCGCAAACGGUCUUCCAAAUGGACAAUGAACCCAAGCAUACUUCCAAAGUUGUGGCAAAAUGGCUUAAGGACAACAAAGUGGCCAUCACAAAGCCCUGACCACAAUCCUAUAGACAAUGUGUGGGCAGAACUGAAAAAGCGUAUGCGAGCAAGGAGGCCUACAAACCUGACUCAGUUACACCAGCUCUGUCAGGAGGAAUGGGCCAAAAUUCACCCAACUUAUUGUGGGAAGCUUGUGGAAGGUUACCCAAAACAUUUGACCCAAGUUAAACAAUUUAAAAGCAAUGCUACCAAAUACUAAUUGAGUGUAUGUAAACUUCUGACCCACUGGGAAUGUGAUGAAAGAAAUAAAAGCUGAAAUAAAUAAUUCUCUCUACUAUUAUUCUGACAUUUCACAUUCUUAAAAAAAAGUGGUGAUCCUAACUGACCAAAGACAGGGAAUUUUUACUAGGAUUAAAUGUCAGGAAUUGUGAAAAACUGAGCUUAAAUGUAUUUGGCUAAGGUGUAUGUAAACUUCCGACUUCAACUGUAGCUUUGCAUCUCUUAUGCAGGCAACGGGAUAAGAGCCACUGAACUCAUUAGCAAAAACUGCUUAUGAGGGGCUUUUGUCAAAACAAUAUCUAAAAGAGUAGAUUUUUCAUGGUGUUUAAAGUUGGGGCGGGUUGGUUCACUUAUCAGUUAAGUUAGAUUUAGCUCAAUGCCGAUAUCUUUCAGCCUAUCAGAAGCUGGCAUCAACUAAUCCAGAUUAAGAUCACCCACAAUUAAUACUUCAGAUUUAGUAUAGUUAGAUAGCAAGUCAGACAAUCGGCUAAGAGCACAUGUUGAGGCAGGGCAUUAUUACCAAGGCCCUCAUUUAGGACUAGACAUUCAAAUUGCUUAGCGACUGAGGUAGUGAGAGGUCCAGAAACAUUUAAAUUGUCCUUUGUAAAUAUGGCGACACCCCAACCUCUGCCAACUCUAUCAGAUCUAUAAACAUUAUGUCCACAUCAAUUUUCAAGAUCAAACUUAUGGCAUUAACAUGAAUCAGUCCAGGGCUGCGAGACCUCAAAUCAGACGGAGUCUCCAACACAAGCAUACUAUGUUCAGUGGGCAGUCCCACAUUUGAAAAUACUAUAGGGCUGGCCCAAAUUUGUACAGAUAUAAGAUUGCAUAGAACUGCACCAUUGGGCCUAUGCCUCGAGCGAGAACGUGGAAUAAAAUAAGAGUCAAUGAGGGUUACCUUACAUGUGCUUGCUCCAGUAGACCUAACAGCAUCACAUCACUGAAUGACUCUUAGCACAGAGCUAAUGUUGGUUGAUAGCAGUCUGCAUCCUUUUUCAUUAAGAUGAAACCCGUCAUGUUUUCAUAUAUUCGUAAUAUAAUAAUACAAUUGUAUUGAAUUUCUAUAGAGCUUUUCAUAACCAUUUCAAUGCGCUUCAAAAGCAAAAAACAAACAAGAAAUACAUCCUCAUGAGUAGCCUAGCUAUAGUUAGCUAGGUCAACCAAUAGAGGCCAAGUCUUUGAGUGCAUGCAUCCUACAAAGAUGGAGAGGGACAGUUCAUGGCUUGAUCAGAGGAAUGUGGUCAGGUGGCUCCUAUCCCCAUCAAAGUUGCCCUUCCUUGCUCUAAUGCAUCUCCCAUUCCUCUCAAGCUUCAGGCGACUCUUCAAUUUACUGUAUUUUUUUAGUUUCCCGCUGUAUCAUUCGAACAAAACCAAUUAGCCAGCUAGCUAACUAGAACUCAGAGCGCUGGAAUUCCAUAACUACUAGAAUGGCCAUGACAGUCAUUCUGAUGUUGAUAUUUCAAUUGUGUAAAUAUUCCAGAAUAAAUAAUGCAUUUAUUAUGUUAACAUGGGUCAUAGGAAACCUCAGGACACCAAAUGUAAAUUGGAAUCAGUCAGAAAAAUGAUUAAUUUAUCCAGAAGCGCAUAGACUGUAAAUACUAAAGUAUUUUCUGACUGUAAGACAACAGUUGCCUGCCCAGCUAGCCCGUCCAAUAUACACCUAAACUAUAUUCAAACUAAUUUCACACAUAUAAUUAUAAUAAUAAUAAUAAUAAUAAUAAUAGAUGUGGCCUAAAGACAAGAUUAAAUUGACAAUAGUCUGAUGGGUGACAAUAUUAUUAAUUGUCAAAUAGAGAAUGAAGAGACUGAUGACCAGCGCAGCGUGCAUUGAGAAAGAAGGGAAUGGAGCUUACCAAAUAGCACUUUUUCCAUAUCAACCUAGAGGUCCCUGCAGGCCAGAUGUUUUGAUUGCUAUACCCUAUCAGAAAAAGCAGAUUCCAAGGUUUCUAAUUAACCUAUUUUUGGUCUCUGCUUCAAAAUAUUACUUUUUCCUAGAAUAACUGUGGCUCCAUGCAUGUUCCUCAUCUAAGUAAGCUACUGUCGAAUAUCAGCAAUAGCCAUUUUGGAAAAAUAUACUUUAAUAUUCUUCUGAGUUUCACCCCUUUUGCCCUCAGAACAGCCUCAAUUUGUCGGGGCAUGGACUCUACAAGGUGUCGAAAGCAUUCCACAGGGAUGCUUGUCCAUGUUUACUCCAAUGCUUCCCACAGAAUUGUCAAGUUGUCUGGAUGUCCUUUGGGUGGUGGACCAUUCUUGAUACACACGGGAAACAGUUGAGCGUGAAAAACCCAGCAGCGUUGCAGUUCUUGACACAAACCGGUGCACCUGGCAUCUACUACCAUAUCCCGUUCAAAGGCACUUCAAUCUUUUGUCUUGCCCAUUCACCCUCUGAAUGGUACACAUACACAAUCCAUGUCUCAAUUGUCUCAAGGCUUAAAAAACAUUAUUUAACCUGUCUCCUCCUCUGAUUUACGUAGAUUUAACCAGUGACAUCAAUAAGAGAUCAUAGCUUUCACCUGGAUUCAACUGGUCAGUCUAUGUCAUGGAAAGAGCAGGUGUUCUUAAUGUUUUGUACACUCAGUGUACAUGUAAACAGGGCUAAAAGUGAGUGGUAGCAGGAAUAUAUACAUACUUAUGGUAAUAUACUAAUGGCAAUAUUACAUGUAAACAGGAGUAAUAGUCACCACUAGCAGGAUAAAUAGAUGUAUACUAAUGGUAAUGGCAAUCAAUAAUCAAUUAACAGCAUUGUAGUGGUAGUAAUACAUCUAAUCAAUAAUCAUUUUAGCAGUAGUUGUUAGCCAUUUAACAGUCUUAUGGCCAGGGGAUAGAAGCUGUUAAGGAGUCUGUUGGUCUGAGCCUUGAUGCACUGGUACCGCAUGCCGAACAGUCCAUGUCUCGGGAGUCUUUGGCAAUUUUCCUGGCAUAUAAAUAUAGAUGUUCCACAACAUGUUAUGUGCAGUUACAGGUAGAUUGUCAUGAGCUAAUGUCCAGCUGUGGUCUGUGUGUGCACCCAGGUAUCUCUCCCCCAGGGAAACCUGUGCUCAUCAACUGUCGAUCCCCUGAGAAGGAGACCUUUACAUGCCGGUGGGAGCCUGGUUUUGAUGGAGGACUACCCACAACCCAGCACCUCUACUACCAGAAAGAAGAGUUCGUAGCACCCAUUUUAAUCAUUUAUAUUUUGGUUGUGUUCACUGUUGAUUUGUAGGUCUAGAGUCAAGACCACUCUUAUUAUGAUUAUAUGGUGCUAGUUCUAGUUACCCAGCUUCAACAUUAUUGAUAUGUGUAUUGAAGCUGUCCUGUGUCAGCACUGAACACCAUUGAAAUCCACUGACUGUAGAAAAGUACUAGUCUCCAUACAGUCUCCAUACUUAACACGUGCAAGAUCAGUCAACUGAGUACACAACUUUGUUUCUGAGUUACCUACCUCUGACUUAUCAAUUUCAUCAGAGCAGUCAACCAGCCCUGCAUUGCAAAACAGCCUUGAGUGUUCACGUGUUGUAUUUAUCUAAAUUGAUGUAAUGCGAGCUUUAUUGUGAGGCCCGCACCAGCACACAUCACCAGCAUUCACCCCUAUGAAUGUCAGAAAAGGUAUUGUUUGUCUUUGUGCAGCUCCGAUGGAAUGUACGAGUGUCCAGAUUACCAAACUGCAGGGAGCAACUCGUGCUUCUUCAACAAGAGCCACACCUCUAUAUGGGUCAACUACAACAUCACGGUGGUGGCCAUCAACUCUCUGGGCAGCACUGUCUCUGACCCACUGGAGGUGGAUGUCAUGUAUAUUGGUAAGCUGCUCUCCCGAUGUUAGAAAUAAUCAAUCGAUCAUUCAUGCAUUAACAACUUUUUUGAUUAGUUGACACUUUAGGUAGCAGAGCUUGCAGCACACAAACCUACAGUAGAAUAUUCAUCAGUCACCACAAGUCAAUUUACUGUAAAGCAGUAUCCCUGAGAAUAGAAAAAUACACACUGACUGGUUUGGACACAGGAACCACCUGAAUUUACUGGACUAGAAUGAGAAUGAGCUGGUUUGUGUCCUGUGCAUAACUUAGAUCAUGUUUAAUAUCUUGUAGUAUGUGGUCACAUGCUCCCGACCCGACUGUGUAGACUCUGGCUUACUUUUUGUUUGUUUUGUCAUUGGAUAAAUGCAAAGAAAACAAAUUGGGUUAUUGAUGUGUUACUUUAUUGACAGGUGGCUGGAAUUGUGUAUUAUAUUGAUCUACUCCAUUAUGACCAAAAAACAAACAAAUAAUUGAAAAACAGGAAAACAAAAUAUUACAAUGUUUAGACUAUAUUUAUAAAACCUGAUUUGAUUUGCAUAUGUUUGAGGGAACAUCCAUUCUUAUGUCUAUAUAGAGCAGGGAUGGGCAACUUUGAUGGGGGUGAGGGCCACAAAAAAUCUGGACUCAUCAUGAGGAGCUGCAGUGACUAGCGGGUCUGUGUACCAACAUCCAUACCCAAAUACUGUAUGCAGGCAGAGCCGGCCCUAGCCUUUUGGAAAUUGCCCCCAAUUUGCGAGCAAAACAUUGACAGCGCAGCGUUUUGGAUUUAAUUUCCUGUAAUUCUACACAUUUUGCCAGGGGGUAGAGAACAUUUUGCAGUUUUGAAGCAAGUUCGCUGCAAUUCUACAUAUUUUGCCAUGGGGCGGAGAGAAGAUUUUGUAAUUUGAUAACUCAUUUCAUACAAUUCUACUCAUAUUACCAUGGGGCAGAGAGAAAAAUGUGCCGUUUUACAGCUAAUUUCCUGCAAUUCUACAUAUUUUGCCAUAGGGUGGAGAGAAAUGUUUUCAGUUUUUUAUAUUAUAUCUGAGUGAGCGUGACUAACAAAAUCAAUGGGGGCCCACCGGUCGGUAAUUCGACCAUGGUUACUACAAGUUUAGAUAGCUGGCUAGACUAAUUUACCAAUCUAAAACAUUUUAGCUGACAUGGGUUAAGUGACUGACUGUCAGUUGACUGACAUAACAAGACAAAAACUGCUGAUGCACAACCACAUUUCGAAAUUGCUCCUUAUGUAUUCUACUAUUCUAACUCUCAACAGUAAAUUGAGACCCCGACUGAGGUCCCCCCCCCCCCACCCCCCCCAAAAAAACGUAUUUUUUUAUUUUUAUUAAUCCGCGGGUCUACAAAAGGGGGGGUGGGCCGUCAGUUGCCCAUCCCUGAUAUAGAACAUACUGUAUAUGGAUCAAGUGUAUUGGAGCCCUACAGAAAUUGGUUGUGUUCUAACUGUGCUUCAUGCAGUCCAGCCCAAUGCCCCAGAGAAUGUGACAGUGUCUGUGGUGGAGACUGAGGAGAGCCCACACCUCCUGGUGAAAUGGGAUCCCCCUCACGAGGCCGACACACGCUCUGGCUGGAUCACUCUCACCUACCAACUACGGGUGAAACGACAGAAUAAGAAGGACAAGUGGGAGGUGUGUUUGCGGAUGGGUUACUCUAUAGAGUAGACAGACAAGGCAAAAAGAGAUUUGAUAAAUUCCCCGUUAUUUAUUUUACUCUCAUUGUACUUUACUCAGCUAGAGGGUCAAUAUGUAGGAAUGUAUAUAAAGUUUGAGUUUAAGAAAUGUAAAUGUUGCCUUAUUUAUUAACUGUUUAGUAUCCAUUUAGUUGAUGUUAUAUACAAACAGUUGUUCAGGUCCAGGCUCUUCUUAGUUUCCUUGUAUUUGUCUUUACAGGAGUAUGCCUCAGGGAAGCAGACCCAGUUGAUCAUCUACAGUCUGCAUCCAGGAGAGGUCUACAUGGUCCAGGUUCGCUGUGAACUAGACCAUAGCCUCUGGAGCGAGUGGAGCACCACUAUACACACGGAGGUCCCUGACUGUAAGAUUUUUUAUGAUUCUUUUAUUUCCAUCAACAAGUUGCAGAGGUCAAUGGUUCUAUGCUAUCUUGGUCCUUACUGUACCACUUUGUGGCAUCCAAGGUGGUUGAUGUACAGAUGGGAUCAAGGUUAUCUGUCCACCAGUAAGAGAAUUUCAGAUAAGCAGAAAGUGCAUAGUGAACAUACUUGGACAUACAAUACUUACUGUUGAUAUAAAGCAGGGUUGUGCUCAAUUCAGAAUUUGGGAACUGACUCCUAUUCAACUUAAAUUGGGAGAGGCUAUAUGGACACAUCUGCAGGGUAGGGGAGUAAAGGAAUACAUGUGAACUGUAACUGUAAUCUGUUACGUUCCCAGCAAAAAUAUUCCAUUCAGAUCGCAGAUACUUUUGAAAAACUAUUACAUUAGGAUUACAUUAAAAUUCAGAAAUAUUUGACACCUUUCUGUUUUCUCAAUGACAUUCAAAUCAUCAUUGAAAAAGGCGCAAGUUUAAGUUUGUUCCGCCUGAGCGAGUCUGACCACAAGUCAGAGACCGCUAUGAUAACACACCAAAAUGUUUUUGAUGGUUCGCGAGAAGAGCAGGAAUAGGCUAAUGUCCAAGCUAUGUCUUCCAAUGGUGCGACUGCUGUCGGCAUCAAAAGAAUAUCCAACUUGAAUAAACACAUGGAGGUAAGGACGGCAGCAAUCGUGUAGCCUACAGGAGAUACGGAUAGCACUUAUUAUUGAUAUCUAGGCUAUAUAGGGCAUUGGUGUGAAUCACACUGCUGCUCUCAUUUGUCUAUUUCAGCUUUAUGGAUAAUGAUUGCUGUUCACAAAUGUACGUAUAUGUGUAUUUUUAACCCAAUAAUGGUUGAAUUGAAGAAGUUUAAACUGCCUAUCAAUCAUUGUUUUUGCGACCAGGGAUGCAUUGAUUACGGAAACCGUUUACCGUUUAAGAACCAAAUGGAAGCAAACUGAGCAAAACAAGAGUUUCUAUUGGACAAAUUCAGGUAGGUCCCUCCCCGUUUCGUUCGCUUCCGUUUAAGAACAACAGCUGCAGAGAUAGGUUGGGUGGGAUCCGCACUAUCAAAUAAAAGUUUGAUUCCUCCCUUCUAAACGGCCCCGUGGUAUUGUGCUCCAUACUGUCAUAAAGUUUUAUUUAAGAACACCACGAGUGGGGCUUUUAUUGCUCAAUCUAAUUCGUGCUGAUUGAAAAAUAAAAUGUCCAUAGGCCUAACGGACACAUGCUCAAACUGGGGCACUUUUGAUAGACUUAAACAGCUGCAAAUGAUCGCGAUAUCAAAGUGUCAGCAACAAAAACGUAAACAAUAGGCCUAUAGCAAAUGCAGCAUAUGGCAUACAUUUUUCACAUGCAAAUAGUAUACAAGCUCAUACAGCGCAAUGCAACGUGACUGUGACUGCACACAUUUGAGAUCAAAGGGGUUCCCGCCGCACGUGUACUACAAAACAUAACACCGUCAUCUUCAAUACAGGGCAACAACUGCACAAUGAACUUGAAGACCUCUAAACAGUGAAAUACAAUGUAAUACCCACAUACUGAUAUACCAUACACCUAUACAAUAGCAGGGCAUAUAAACGACGCACUGGGGCACAUUAUCCUAUACAAAUAUAGGGUUAAAUGUCCGAAAUGAUAUGACAACCAAAACAGAGCUAGCCAGCUCACAGCAGUAGAAACUACUAAUUAGCAUACCCAUAAAUAUGACAUUAUCGUCGCAGAGUGCAUCUUCAGACAUAAACACCUGAAAGAUAUGUACUUGCGUAUCAAUAAGGACGUACACUGGCCUUGGCUAACACAAUGAAAGCUAACUGGUGGGAAAACACAAGGAUGGCUGGAACUUUCUCUCACUUGACUUCUCUCGAGCUGAUCUUCUGCUCCACUUCACCGGUGGGCGGAGCUACAGCUCUGAUAUGAUGAACUAACAUUACUGAUAUGAUUAAAUACAAAUAGUUCACAGCCUUUCGUACAGUAACUGUAACGGAUUACAUUUAGAAAGUAACGUACCCAACCCUGGCCUGCACGCCUUGUGCCCAAAUUGUACGUUGCGCAGCUGAGAGUCAAGUGGAGACGAAUGGAUUUGGUUCAGUCAGUCGUCCUGAUGAGCCCCUCCCGGCAAGCUAUACUGAACAACAAUCUAAACACAACAUGCAACAAUUUCAAGAUUUUAUUGAGUUACAGUUCAUAUAAGGAAAUCAGUAAAUUGAAAUAAAUAAAUUCUAUGGAUUUUUCAUGACUGGGCAGGGGCGCAGCCAUGGGUGGGCCUAGGGAACCAGGCCCAGCCAAUCAGAAUUAGUUUUCCCCCACUAAAGGGCUUUAUUACAGACAGAAAUACUCCUCAAUUUCAUCAGCUGUCCGGGUGGCUUGUCUCAGAUGAUCCUGCAGGUGAAGAAGCCAGAUGUGUAGGUCCUGGGCUGGUGUGGUUACACGUGGGCUGCGUUUUUUAGUCCGGUUACACGUACUGCCAAAUUCUCUAAAACGACCUUGGAGGCGGCUUAUGGUAGAGAAAUUAACAUUACAGUCUCUGGCAACAGCUCUGGUGGACAUUCCUGCAGUCAGCAUGCCAAUUGCACGCUCCCUCAAAACUUGAGACAUCUGUGGCAUUGUGUUGUGACAAAACUGCACAUUUUAGAGUGGCCUUUUAUUGCCCCCAGCACAAGGUGCACCUGUGUAAUGAUCAUGCUUCAUAAUCAGCUUCUUGAUAUGCCACAACAAAUUUGUGGACAACAUUUUAGAGAAAUAAGCUUUUUGUGCGUUUGGUACAUUUCUGGGAUCCAUUAUUUCUGCUUAUGUAACAUGGGACCAACACUUUACAUGUUGCUUUUAUAUUUUUGUUCAGUAUAGUUUAUGCUGGCUAGCUGACAACAACAGCAGCAGCAUGGCGCUAGUUAAAACUUGUAAAAUAAUGUUUAUUUCGAUGGGCGAGAGAGAAAUCAAUUGUAGUAUUGGUCACCAUCUGGAUGUCCCCGUGACAUGCCAAUUAGUUAACAUAACGACAAGCCAUUGCGAAUGACCAGUGCAAUGAUGUUGUAUCAAUGUGCUUGCUAGCGUCUUUGCUCCGGGCGACAGAAGAGGCUAGUACUUGCCGACGUGAGUUGCUUCCCACUGGACAGAAGUUGCUUCCCAUUGGGAAGCUGUAUCACAUGUCGGCGGUGGUAGCUAAAGUGGCCAAUUUGUUCCAUCCCAUUUGAUUUUAUUUCGAGUAUGAUAACAACCUUCACGAGAAAUAACUUGUAGUAUUGGUAUUGGGUACUGGUAACAGUCUGGAUGUCACUGUGAUAUAGUCUACUGCUCAAUGGGGAGAGUGCUGCUAGCCGGUAACACAACAGUGUCCUUCGCUCCUGCUUACCGCAGUUAGGAGGGAAGUAGCUAGAUAGGAUAGCCAAUAUCAGGCGAGGGUGACAGCUAAAGCUAAAGCACAUGUAUUGUAGGGAUUUUCACCGAAAAUGUACAAUUAUGGCAUUAACCUCUACAUUUUUGUUUUAAAAAACACAAACAAUUACUCCCGAUAAAGACGGAAUGAUUCUGAACAAGCUCGCAAGUCCCAACUUCGGCAGACAAGUUUUUAAUUAUUGCUGAAGUUUCGAGCCACAUCUAUAAACUAGUUAGCUGGGAAGGGCUCAUCAGGACGACUGACUGACUCAAUCCGUUCGUCUCCACUUGACUCUUGCUGCGCGACAUACGUCAUCAAUUAGAGCACCAGAACACCUCUCCCGUUCAAUUCGAAUUUAAUUGACCACACCCCACAGGAUGUCGAGUUUUAUUUGAGUUUGAGUGAUAGGAAGUAAAAUGUAAUUCAGUGCAAUUCAAAGAAAUUCCACAAAGUCAUAGUUUCAUUGAAUCUGACAGGUCACACUUCCGGAUACCAAAGAAUAUAUCAUUUUUCUCUGGAAACAAUGUUCAUAUACUCUUUUAACCUUAGUGCUUAGAGUAGCCAAUGAUAUUUCCACCAACCGUUUUUUUGGUUUGGCUUCUUUUUGAAGGUUUUAGGGUCAACUUGAGGGUUUUUAUUGAUAUUUAAUUUAUUGUAUUUUUUAUUUAACCUUAAUUUAACUAGGCAAGUCAGUUAAGAACAAAUUCUUAUUUACAAUGACGGCCUACCCCGGCCAAACCCGGACGACGCAGGGCCAAUUUUUGGGCUAAACUAAUGCAUUCUGGGAAAUGUUGUAUUUUCCCCAUAUUUAAGAAAAUUUAAGUGAUUAAUGGGGCGGCGCACAAUUGGCCCAGGGUAGGGGAGGGAAUGGCCGGCAGGGAUGUAGCUCAGUUGGUAGAGCAUGGCGUUUGCAACGCCAGGCUUGUGGGUUCGAUUCCCACGGGGGGGCAGUAUGAAAAAAUAAAAAAUAAUGUAUGCACUCACUAACUGUAAGUCGCUCUGGAUAAGAGUGUCUGCUAAAUGACUAAAAUGUAAAUGUAUUAAUGAAAUAUAAUAACUUAGAAUAUUUGCAUACAGGUUUUGUUUUUCUUAAUAAUUAAAUGUAAUAGUUUGUCCUGAAACUCAAUUGUUUCAACAAUAUUUUAUAUGCAUAUAUAUAGCGACAUGUUUGAUGUUUUAUGUAUAAUAUGUAUAUUUGUAUAGUUUGCACCUUAGAAUAGAAGAGCCAUUUGAAUUUCACUGAAUUAAAUUAUAUUUCCUUUAAUAAAAAUUUGAAUUGCAAUUCUGUAUCCUGUUUACUACUUCAAUUCAAAUUCAAUUCAUUAAUUGACUUGGAAUUUAUGAGGCAUUCUCAAUUACGUUCUGAAUUGAGCACAACCCUGAUAUACAGUAUGCAUUUGAAAUUCAGUCUGAAGCUGUUCUCUCCCAUGUGUUUGUUUUGUGCGUGUUUUGUAGACACUCUGAAGGAGCGAUCGAUCUGGAUUGUGGUUGCCGUCUUUUCUGCUUUUAUACUCCUGCUUGUUACCUUCACCCUGGCUAUGAAGAGAAAAUAGUAUGUAUUUUUCUUAAAAAGAAUAUUUUAAAAGUAUUAUUUUCAAAUUAUCUAUAAUAUAUUCAAAUUGUGAGUACCAUACAAACUAUGUUCUUUGCCAUCUUUUUUGUCCCAGUGUGAAGCUUUGUCUUCUGCCUCCUGUUCCUGGUCCAAAGAUAUCAGGACUAGAUACACAACUCCUCAAGGUAAAGUGCAAUGUACUUGUCCAUUUUAUACUAAAUUCUUAUUUUGCUCUUCUCCCAACCCCCAGACAGCACAGAAACAGACACACAAAAAUUAUUCGGAACAUGAAUUUAGACAUGCAGGUCUACAUUUUAAGAUAAUAUUUCCCUCCUCCAGUAUUGUUCAUCUUAUGCAACUCUCUUCCAGAGUGGGCGGUCUGAUGACAUUCUCAGCUCUCUGAUCAACCAGGGCUUUCCUCCCACCAUGGCCACUAAGGACCAGCAGGUAGACUAUCUGCUGGUGUUUGAUAGUGAACAGGUGACACCAGAUCUUCAGAAUGGACAAACAAGGACAAAAAACUCCAUAGAUCAUGGUCGCCAUGACCACAGCCUGUUGAUGGAGGCUAAGAAUAAGGAAGUAAAAGUUGAUGGCGGCAGAGAGACAGUGGAACAGGGUAAUACUGAGGGGCUUGAAUCUACGUUUAGGAAUACCAAGAGCCUGUCCACUGACGUUACAGCUCAUCCGUGUCCUCAGAAGAAGCCAUUCAACAAUGUUACUGAAACGCCAAAGCAAGCACCUGUUUCCAGCAAGCAUCGAUCCUUAAGCCAUCAUAAAGAUCUCUGGGACAGCUUAGCCAGACAACAUCUAGACUACAGGGAAACAGUGGUCAAGAGCCAAUCAAACUGUGAUGACAAACAUAAUUUGUCAUCACAGAAUAUUGUGACUCCCUCGAAGGACAUUGGUUAUGUGGAAGUUCAGAGGUGGAAAAAGAGCAUAGGCCUACAGGUGCUGGUACCCGAGGUGGAUCAGAGGCAGGAGGACUAUAGCAAAGUGAGUGUGGUGGAGAAUGAUAAUGUAGUGCUGCUCAAGAGAGAAACGGUCCCCCUCAAUUGCACUUCCUGUAAGGUGAGAGGCAAUCAAUCAGAGAAAUGUCUCCACCAGAAGCCAUGUAAACCUCAUAUAACAGUGCCUGCAAAAGAGGGAGUGCAUAUAGGAUCUAAUGGUUAUGUGGAGCCUGUUACUAUAUCACACAUUUUGUAAAACGUCAUUUUGUCUGAAAUGACAUUUGGGACAUUGCAAUGAAACAAAUGAAAAAAUAAAUACUCAGGAUAGAUUGUGACAUUUUCACUGACAAGAGAAUUGACUAUAAUGUCAUGUUCCUCAGGAUAUAGGUUUUUGUAUGUACUGUAUACAGUGACCGGAUAAAUAUGGUAUUUUCUGAUUAGUAAUUAUUGUAUGUCUUGAGAUUAAAACACUGGCCACAAGUUACACACAAGAAAGCGUAACAAGGAAACUCACUUAACGAAAACGUUCCAUAUUCAAGAGUCAAGACAAUUGAUGAAUGUUGAAUGAGAUUUUUCAUUGUAAUUGCUUAAAGAAGAAUAACUGAUUUUUUUGUACAGCUUUGAUCAUUUUGAUUUGGGGGCAGUUUUACUGCAUUGACACUACAGUCACAUUCAAAAUGAUGCAUCAGAAGGAAUACAAUUUAAAUACAAACAAUGAAUGUAAAAAAUACAAUAUAUAUCACUUUAGAUCAUUAUUGGUCACUGUUAACCAUAUCAUUAAUUUAAUAUGUUAUAAAAUACUCAAUUUAAC